CUACCUUCAAUUUCUCUCCUUUCCCAUUAAGCAGGGAAAGCAAGAAAUUUAAAACCAAAAGGAAAAAAUGGGCGUUUUGACUUUUAUGCCUAUGGCUUUUUUCUUCCUGCUUCUCUUCCAUAUAGUUUCCUCUGCAGCUGAUAGCAUUGAUCAAUCCCAAACUAUCAGCGAUGGGGGCACAACUUUGGUUUCUAAAGAAAGUAGGUUUGAGCUUGGAUUCUUCAGUCGAGGAAGUUCCAAGAAUCGUUAUGUGGGAAUUUGGUACAAGAAAAUUCCAGUUCAAACUGUAGUUUGGGUUGCGAACCGAUGCAACCCAAUUAACGAUUACUCGGGCUUGUUGAUGAUAAACAACGUUGGAGAUAUUGUGCUCUUGUAUCAGAACAAGACUGUUGUGUGGUCAACGAGGUCAUCGAUGCAAGCCCAGAAGCCAAUAGUAGAGCUUCUAGAUUCUGGAAAUCUUGUACUAAGAAAUGAAAAUGAUACAGAUCCGGAGAACUAUUUGUGGCAAAGCUUUGACUAUCCUUCAGAUACAUUGUUACCAGGCAUGAAAAUGGGAUGGGAUUUGACGAUGCGUCUUGAACGGAGAAUCUCAGCGUGGAAGAGAUGGGAUGACCCUUGUCCUGGAAAUUUCACAUAUGGGAUUGAGUUUGGUCGACAACUUUAUAUUUUGACCUAUCGUGGUGGAUCCCGGGGUUUCAUUCCUCUCACCUCUUCGCCUGAACUAAGGUCGAAUCCAAUUUAUUAUUUUGACUUUGUUUACAAUGAUGGUCACAUCUAUUACAUCUACAACCAGAAGGAUAAGUCGGUCCUCUUAAGAACGGCUAUGAACCAAACAACGUUAAUGCUUGAAAGCUGGAUAUGGCUUGAGGCAGAUCAAAAAUGGGGGCUUUACAGCACAGUGCCUAGGGACGAAUGCGACAAGUAUGGUCUCUGCGGGGCUAAUGGGAUUUGUAACAUCGAUGCGAAUCCAUUCUGCCAAUGUCUAGUUGGAUUCAAGCCCAAGUCUCAAUGGAAAUGGGAUCUAAUGGACUGGUCUGACGGAUGUGUAAGGAAAACUCCACUCAACUGCCUGGAGACAGAUAAAGGUGGCUUUAUCAAAGUGUCAGGGUUGAAAUUGCCAGAUGCAACACAUUCAAGGAUGUUCACAAGAAACUUGAGCCCACAGGAAUGUCGGGACAUAUGCAUAAACAACUGUUCUUGUAUGGCUUAUGGAAAUGGUUGUGUCGUGUGGUAUGGUGAUCUAAUAGAUAUUAGUACAAUUCGAACUGGUGGACAUGAUCUCUUUAUCCGUUUGUCACUUCAAGAAAUUGCAAAACUGAAUAGAAGAAAAUAUUAUAACAUGGUGAGAGCAGUGGUAGUCGUAGCGUCUGUCAUCGGAGGUGUUUCGGGGAUGCUCUUACUUGGCUAUUGCAUUUGCAGGAAACGCUCAAAAGAUACUAAGAAAAACAGAGCAAAAGAGGAAGACUUUGAGCUUCCAUUAUUCAGCCUAGCUGCAGUAAGUAUUGCCACAAAUAAUUUUUCAGCAAACAAUAAGCUUGGAGAAGGCGGUUUUGGACCUGUAUACAGAGGUAAGCUAGAAGAUGGACAAGAGAUUGCUGUGAAGAGGCUCUCAUUGAGUUCUCGGCAAGGAGUAGACGAGUUUAAAAAUGAACUAAUACUAAUUGCCAAGCUUCAGCAUCGGAAUCUUGUAAAGCUUCUUGGUUGUUGCAUUCAAGGAGAUGAAAAAUUAUUGAUUUAUGAAUACAUGCCCAACAAAAGCCUGGAUUUAUUCAUUUUUGAUCAACAACAAAGUACACUCUUAGAAUGGCCUAAGCGUUUCGAAAUAAUAUGUGGAAUUGCUCGGGGGCUUCAAUAUCUCCACCAAGAUUCUAGAUUGAGGAUUGUACAUAGAGAUCUCAAAGCUAGUAAUAUACUGCUUGAUAAUAUGAUGAAUCCAAAAAUUUCAGACUUUGGCUUGGCUAAAACUUUUGGAGGAGAUCAAACAGAAGGAAAUACAAACAGAAUCGCAGGAACACAUGGAUACAUGGCACCAGAAUAUGCUUUCAAUGGUCUAUUCUCAACAAAAUCCGACGUUUUUAGCUUUGGUAUAUUGGUGUUGGAGAUUAUAAGUGGAAAGAGAUGUAUACGCUUUCACCAUGAGAACCGCAACCUUACCCUCAUUGGAUACGCAUGGAUGCUGCUAAACGAAGGAAGGCCAUUUGAAUUAAUCGACGUAUGCUUGAGGGAUUCAUAUGACAAUCUUCCACAGGUGUUGCGGUUCAUACAUGUCGGUCUCUUGUGUGUGCAACAACAUCCAAUGGAUAGACCCCGCAUGUCGUCUGUCGUUCUCAUGUUAGGUAGUGAGAGCGAGCUGCCUCACCCAAAACGGCCAGGCUAUUUUAUGGAAAUAGAUUCACAAGAACGAGAUUAUGUCCCCAACAAGCCAGAGUCAUCUUCAAAAAACACUAUGACUCUUACAGCACUCGGGGGUCGAUAAGGCAUACUGCAUGAUUAUAGCAAACACGAUUUGCUUGAUUAUAUCUAUCUGAUAAUUGAACAAUCAAGAAUGGGGCUUGUGAUCAAGUGGUUAAGCUAUAAUUGUUAUUUUUUUUUUAUAAUUUUUUUUUGAAUAUGACAUGUGCACUUUAUCUAUAGGGUAUAACAUCAAAGGUUUUAGAUUUUCAUUGAAUUUGCAUUGUUUUAGCAAGCCAACUGUAAUGACUGAGAAAAUCCCAGACCUUAAAUAAUAUAAUUUAUGUAU